AUGUCAUAUUCAGCUAUACCUGACCAACCACCGAACUACCCUCCAGCAGGAGAGGAGGGACAGAGUCAAGAGAGACAAUUUGGAGAUAACGUUCCUGACGAUUUUAAAUACUCAGUUGAUGUAGCUUCAUGUGAACUUCCUGUUCGUCAACUAUUCAUCAGGAAAGUUUAUCUGUUGUUAACUAUACAGUUGAUGGCUUCGGUUCUUGUUGGAUAUAUCGUUAGAUCGUCGGACCCCAUUUUGAGUUGGACCUUGAACAAUCCAUGGAUCUUGAUUGUCAACUUGUUUGCGUCAAUUGGGUUUAUGGUUGCUGCGUUCUUCAAAGCUAGAUCGUAUCCAGUCAACUUGGUGUUGCUCGGUGGAUUUACCAUUUUUGAGAGUUUCACUUUGGGAAUCGGAUGCGCUUUUGUUGAAAGUACAGUGAUUAUAGAGGCCAUCUUGUUGACAUUGAUCAUAUUUAUUGGAUUGACCCUUUUUGCAUUCCAGACAAAGUACGAUUUUAUUAGUUGGCAAGGUACUUUGGGCAUGAUAUUGUGGGGGUUGAUUGGAUGGGGAUUCAUUAUGAUCUUCUUUCCAGGAAGCAAAGGCGUUGAAAAUGUGUACUCGUUUUAA